AUGUCUGAACCAAAGAUGCCUGGACCUAAAGCCAAAGAUGCCAGAAUGGCUUGCAGCCCUUCAGAAGGAGCAGGCUUCAUCAAGCAGCAGGAGCGUCUUCGAGAUCGCUGCACCAGACUCCUCGCAGAUCACCUGAAGACAAACCCUGAUGUUGUUUGGACACCCGAAAAUGGCCAAGCAAGUCCCCCCAGCACGGAGGAAGAAAAGGCUCAGCUCGAACUAGUCUUGGAUAUUCAAUUCAAUGAAGAAACCGGCCAGCCAACCUUCCCCCUGACCAAGUUUGUUGACUCCCGCGAAAGGGGACGACGAUAUCCAUAUGACUUCGAUACCAUGGGCAACAUCAAUCCUCACCGCGUGUCUUCAGGACCCGCUCCAACCAUCUGGGCUCAUGGCCUACCCUUCUUCCCGGUAUACAAAGGUUAUUACAUCCUCUGUGGACGCGCAAAUGUCGACUGCGUUGGCUGGUUGCUCUGUGACAAAACCAGAGAUAUCAUGCAAGCGAACCCGAUCUGGUCCAUUGGGGCGGUCAUUGCACCUGACUCUGCCGUGAAUCUGCCUCAUACUAUCAAUCGUCAACUGAUACUGCACAAGCCACACGGUACCGAGAAAGAUCCAAAGUACAGGGGUAGAAUCUGGGCUCGCGAUUUUGUGGCUGAUGAGCACCAUUUCUGCGCAGUUGUUCCAAAUCCAGACACUAAUGAGAUUGAGAUCUGCCCGCUGUGGAAAGCCUGGGGCUACAACGUCCGUUGUGGACCCAUGCAGGAUGGCGUGAAGCCAACUGUCAUGCCAAAGGAGUUCUUUGCCAGACAUGGUAUCAAAGAUAUCGACUAUUCCUAUCUCGAUAGACCAUACGCCAACCAGAUGAUGGACGAGGAUGAAGAGUCAGAUGGCAAAGCAGACCCAUAUAGUGAGAUUGAGGCUAAAGAUCCCGCUGGAACGAGCGGUGAAGCUGCUAGCAGUAGCAACCAGCCCGCUGUGACCAAAUCUGAGUCUAACCUGGGCGUGGAUAUGAGCAUUGACUGCCCAGCGAAGGCUCCAACGCAGGACCAAGAGCAAGGACCAGCGAAAGACGUGGAAGAGGCCACAGAAGAGACCUCAAAAGAGAUACCGAAAGAGGCCACGGAAACCGCCACGGAAGGCGUCACUGAAGAUCCUAGGGAACAGGCUACCGAGAAGAGCACCAAAGAGCCUGAAACUGCGGCCUCGGACAUCGAGGAGAAACAACCUGUUGUUUCUAGCAGCAUUGUGGACACUGAUCUCGAUUUGGGCAUGGCUAUAAAAGAUCAAACACAAAAAUCCAUUGAAAACGCCGACCCCGAGCAUACCGGCACUCCUGCUACCCCCUUUGUCGAGACCACCGUCCAGGAAAUUGCAAUUGUUCAAGCUACUCAAGUGAAGCCGAUGACUAGACAGCCUGACAUUGAGCAGACAGCGACUGGUGCACCGGCUGAGAGUAUUCAUAUCACCGAGCCGCCUAAGGUGGAGCAAACAGUCCCGGAACAGCUCAGUAAUGAGGAGUUGGGCACCGCAGCAACUUGUGGCUUGUCCGUGGCGCCGAAGAUUGCCGAGGCCUCUGCAUCUUGA